AUGCGUCCCGAGAUUGAGCAAGAGCUCGCUCACACCUUGCUGGUGGAGCUGCUCGCCUGCCAAUUCGCUUCUCCCGUCAGAUGGAUUGAGACUCAGGAUGUCAUCCUCGCCGAACAGCGCACCGAGCGCAUUGUUGAGAUUGGUCCCGCAGAUACUCUGGGAGGAAUGGCCCGCCGGACGCUAGCUUCCAAGUACGAGGCAUACGAUGCCGCCACAUCCGUUCAGCGUCAAAUUCUGUGCUACAACAAGGAUGCCAAGGAGAUUUACUACGAUGUCGAUCCCAUCGAGGAGGAAGCUGUCGCCGAACCUGCUGCCGCCUCUCCCUCUGCUGCUCCCGCCGCUGCUGCACCGGCUGCUGCGGCUGCUGCCCCUCCACCUCCCAGUGCUGGCCCAGCCGCGGCCGUAGAGGAUGCCCCAGUAUCUGCCGUCGAUAUUCUGCGAUCCCUGGUUGCGCAGAAGCUAAAGAAGAGUCUGGCCGAUGUACCAUUGUCAAAAGCCAUUAAGGAUCUGGUCGGAGGUAAAUCUACAUUACAAAACGAAAUUCUAGGUGAUCUGGGCAAGGAAUUUGGCUCGACACCGGAGAAGCCGGAAGACACCCCUCUGGAUGAGUUGGGUGCGGCCAUGCAGGCCACUUUCAACGGCCAAUUGGGCAAGCAAUCAUCUUCCCUCAUUGCUCGAAUGGUCUCCUCCAAGAUGCCCGGUGGUUUCAACAUCACAGCUGUUCGCAAAUAUCUCGAGACUCGGUGGGGUCUGGGCGCCGGCCGCCAGGACGGUGUGCUCUUGCUUGCUAUUACCAUGGAGCCCGCUGCUCGUCUGGGCGCCGAGCCCGAUGCCAAAGCUUUCCUCGACGACGUGACCAACAAGUACGCCGCCAGUGCUGGCAUUAACCUGUCUACUCCCGCGGCCGGUGGUGACGCUGGUGGUGGUGGUGGUGGCAUGAUGAUGGACCCUGCGGCCAUCGAUGCCUUGACUAAGGAUCAGCGUGCUCUCUUCAAGCAGCAAUUGGAGGUGAUUGCCCGCUACUUGAAGAUGGAUCUCCGCGCCGGUGACAAGGCCUUUGUCACCUCCCAAGAGACCCAGAAGGCCUUGCAGGCCCAGCUUGAUCUGUGGCAGGCAGAGCAUGGCGACUUCUACGCCUCAGGCAUUGAACCCUCUUUCGACCCCCUCAAGGCCCGUGUCUACGACUCCUCGUGGAACUGGGCCCGCCAGGAUGCCCUCAGCAUGUAUUACGACAUUAUCUUCGGCCGUCUCCAAGUGGUGGACCGUGAGAUUGUGAGCCAGUGUAUUCGCAUUAUGAACCGCUCCAACCCUCUUCUUCUCGAAUUCAUGCAGUACCAUAUUGACAACUGCCCUACUGAGCGCGGCGAGACCUACCAGCUGGCUAAGGAGCUCGGCCAGCAGCUCAUUGAGAAUUGCCGCGAGGUGAUGGAUGUCGCCCCUGUCUACAAGGACGUCGCCGUUCCUACCGGUCCCCAGACCACCAUUGACGAGCGUGGAAACAUUGGCUUCAAAGAGGUUCCCCGUGCUAGUGCCCGCAAGCUGGAGCACUAUGUCAAGCAGAUGGCUGAGGGCGGUCCCAUCUCCGAGUACAGCAACCGUAACAAGGUUCAGAAUGACCUCAAGAACGUCUACAAGCUCAUCCGCAAGCAACAUCGCCUCUCUAAGUCAUCGCAGCUCCAGUUUGACGCUCUCUACAAGGAUGUUCUGCACGCUUUAAGCAUGAACGAGAAUCAGAUCAUGCCUCAGGAGAAUGGUAGCACCAAGAAGUCUGGCCGCAACGGUCUCAAGCGCACUGCCACCCGCCCCGGCAAGGUUGAGACCAUUCCCUUCUUGCAUUUGAAGCAGAAGGCUGAGCACGGUUGGGACUACAACAAGAAGCUCACCGGUACCUAUCUGAAGGUCUUGGAGUCGGCCGCUCAAAAUGGUCUUACCUUCCAGGGCAAGAAUGUUCUGAUGACUGGUGCUGGUGCCGGUUCCAUCGGUGCCGAGGUCCUGCAGGGCCUGAUCAGCGGUGGUGCUAAGGUCAUUGUCACUACCAGUCGCUUCUCUCGUGAGGUGACAGAGUACUACCAGGCUAUGUACGCCCGCUAUGGUGCUCGUGGUUCCCAGCUUGUCGUCGUGCCCUUUAACCAGGGUAGCAAGCAAGACGUUGAGGCUCUUAUUGACUAUGUUUACGACACCAAGAAGGGCCUCGGGUGGGACCUCGACUUUGUUGUUCCCUUCGCUGCCAUUCCCGAGAAUGGCCGCGAGAUGACAACAUUGACUCCAAGUCUGAGCUGGCUCACCACGCAGAAGCAGACUCACGGCUUCGAAACUCGUCCCGCCCAGGUUGUCCUGCCCCUGUCGCCCAACCACGGUACUUUCGGAAAUGACGGACUCUACUCCGAGUCCAAGCUGGCUCUGGAGACUCUCUUCAAUCGCUGGUACUCUGAGAAUUGGAGUAACUACCUCACCAUCUGCGGUGCAGUUAUCGGCUGGACCCGUGGAACUGGUCUGAUGAGCGGCAACAACAUGGUCGCUGAGGGUGUCGAGAAGCUUGGUGUCCGCACUUUCUCCCAGCAGGAGAUGGCCUUCAACCUUCUUGGUCUGAUGUCUCCGUCUAUUGUUGACCUCUGCCAGAACGACCCCGUCUUCGCUGAUCUCAACGGCGGCCUGCAGUUCAUCCCCGAUCUUAAGGGCUUGAUGACCAAGCUCCGCACCGACAUCAUGGCUGAUAGUGACAUUCGGCAGGCCGUCAUCAAGGAGACUGCUAUCGAGAAUAAGAUUGUCAAUGGCGAGGACAGCAGCGCUCUGUACAAGCGAGUCGUUGCCGAGCCCCGCGCCAACAUCAAAUUCGAGUUCCCCACGCUUCCUGACUGGGAGAAGGAGGUCAAGCCCAUCAACGAAUCUCUUAAGGGCAUGGUCAACCUGGACAAGGUCGUUGUUGUCACCGGUUUCGCCGAGGUUGGCCCUUGGGGCAACUCUCGCACCCGCUGGCAGAUGGAGGCCUAUGGCAAGUUCUCUCUGGAGGGCUGUGUUGAGAUGGCUUGGAUCAUGGGCUUGAUCAAGCAUCACAACGGCCCUCUCAAGGGCAAGGCCUACUCUGGCUGGGUUGAUGCUAAGACCGGGGACCCUGUUGACGACAAGGACGUUAAGCCCAAGUACGAGAAGUACAUCCUGGAGCACACCGGUAUCCGUCUAAUCGAGCCCGAGCUGUUCAAGGGUUACGACCCUAAGCAGAAGCAGCUGCUUCAGGAGAUUGUCAUCCAAGAGGACCUAGAGCCCUUCGAGGCCUCCAAGGAGACCGCCGAGGAGUUCAAGCGUGAGCACGGUGACAAGGUCGAGAUCUUCGAGAUCCCCGAUUCUGGCGAGUACACCGUGCGCCUUUGCAAGGGUGCCAGCCUGCUCAUCCCCAAGGCGCUCCAUUUCGACCGCCUUGUGGCCGGUCAGAUCCCCACCGGCUGGGAUGCCAGCAAAUACGGCAUCCCCGACGACAUCAUUGAGCAGGUUGAUCCUGUCACUCUCUUUGUCCUCGUCUGUACUGCCGAGUCCAUGCUUUCUGCCGGUAUCACCGACCCUUACGAGUUCUAUAAGUACGUCCAUCUCUCCGAGGUUGGUAACUGCAUUGGCUCCGGUAUUGGUGGUACCCACGCCCUGCGCGGUAUGUACAAGGACCGCUACCUAGACAAGCCUCUGCAGAAGGAUAUCCUGCAGGAGUCCUUCAUCAACACCAUGAGUGCAUGGGUUAACAUGUUGCUCCUGUCUUCCACCGGUCCCAUCAAGACCCCCGUCGGUGCCUGUGCCACUGCCGUCGAGUCUGUUGACAUCGGCUAUGAGACUAUUGUUGAGGGCAAGGCCCGUGUCUGCUUCGUCGGUGGUUUCGACGACUUCCAGGAGGAGGGAUCGUACGAAUUCGCCAACAUGAAGGCUACCAGCAACGCCGAGGACGAAUUCGCCCAUGGUCGCACCCCGCAGGAGAUGUCUCGUCCCACCACCACCACUCGUGCAGGCUUCAUGGAGUCUCAGGGUUGCGGAAUGCAGCUCAUCAUGAGUGCACAGCUCGCCCUUGACAUGGGUGUGCCCAUCCACGGUAUCAUCGCUCUGACGACUACCGCCACUGACAAGAUCGGCCGCUCCGUCCCUGCUCCUGGUCAGGGUGUCCUCACCACUGCCCGUGAGAACCCCGGCAAGUUCCCGUCGCCUUUGUUGGAUAUCAAGUACCGUCGCCGCCAGCUUGACCUGCGCAAGAAGCAGAUCAAGGAAUGGCAGGAGUCCGAACUUCUCUAUCUGCAGGAGGAGGUUGAUGCCAUGCAGGCCCAGAGCGACGAGAGCUUCAAUGCCUCUGAGUACAUGCACGAGCGAGCUCAGCACAUCGAGCGCGAGGCCGUUCGCCAGGAGAAGGAUGCGCAGUUCAGCCUGGGCAAUAACUUCUGGAAGCAGGAUUCGCGCAUCGCUCCCCUGCGCGGUGCCAUGGCCACCUGGGGUCUCACUGUCGACGACAUUGACGUCGCUUCCUUCCACGGUACCUCAACUGUUGCCAACGACAAGAAUGAGUCCGACGUUAUCUGCCAGCAGCUCAAGCACUUGGGUCGCAAGAAGGGUAACGCCGUGAUGGGUAUCUUCCAGAAAUACCUCACCGGCCAUCCCAAAGGUGCUGCUGGUGCCUGGAUGUUCAACGGCUGUCUGCAGGUCCUGGAGAGUGGUCUCGUCCCCGGUAACCGCAACGCCGACAAUGUCGACAAGGUCAUGGAGAAGUUCGAUUAUAUCGUCUACCCCAGCCGCAGCAUCCAAACCGACGGUAUCAAGGCGUUCUCUGUAACUUCCUUCGGUUUCGGUCAGAAGGGUGCUCAAGUCAUUGGUAUCCACCCCAAGUACCUGUUCGCCACUCUUGACCAGGCCCAAUACGAUGCUUAUAAGACCAAGGUUGAGGCUCGUCAGAAGAAGGCUUACCGCUACUUCCACAACGGCCUGAUCAACAACAGCAUUUUCGUUGCCAAGAGCAAGGCCCCUUACGAGGAUGAUCAGCAGAGCAAGAUCUUCUUGAACCCUGACUACCGUGUAAGCGUUGACAAGAAGACUUCUGAGCUGAAAUACUCUUCCGUGCCCCCAAAGGCUGAUACUGCCGAGGGAACUCGUCAAAUGGUUGAGUCUUUGGCCAAGGCCAAUGCCGCCGAGAACUCCAAGAUUGGUGUCGACGUUGAGAACAUUGACGCGAUCAACAUCUCCAACGACACUUUCAUUGAACGUAAUUUCACUACUGGUGAGCAGGAGUACUGCCGCAAAGCUGCCUCUCCACAGUCUUCGUUUGCCGGUCGAUGGAGUGCGAAGGAGGCCGUGUUCAAGUCCCUGGGUGUCAGCAGCAAGGGAGCCGGCGCUGCCCUGAAAGAAAUUGAGAUCGAAAGCGACGCCAACGGCGCUCCGGUUGUGACUCUUCACGGUGCCGCUGCCGCUGCCGCCAAGCAGGCCGGUGUCAAGUCGGUCAAUGUCAGCAUCAGCCACAGCGACUCGCAGGCCGUGGCCGUUGCGGUCUCGCAGCUUUGA